AUGAAUUAAAAUACUUUAAUGCCUAUUUUGUAUUUGGGAAUGAUUGGUUUUGAAUAACAAAUGUUUAGUUUAUAUUUUGAUUAUUCAAAAACAGGUAAACAAAUAAAUGAUUAAAUCAAAAAUGAAAUGAAAAUCAUAGGUAAUAAGGAUAUGAAUAUGUUAAAUUCAGAAAUAGAUGCUAGGGAUAUUAAAUAAUAUGUUUAAUUUAAAACACUCUAUAAGUACAUUUAAUAUAAGUAUCAGAUUGUAAGAGUUUAAGCAUUCAUGUACAGUACCAAAUUUGUAUUAUUUGUAUCCAUUUGCAUUACCAUUUUCAUUAAUAUUUCCAAGGAUGGCUACAAUUUGUUUUGGAUUCUCUUUUGGAUUAUAGAGCUUGUUAUUUUUUAAUGACAUAAUAAAGUUAAAGUUGCAAUCUUCCAAUUUGAGAUCAAAUAGAAAAGUCAAGGAAUUAAUGGAUGGGAGUGUGACUUUAUUAAUGGUGUCCAUAGGUUUAGUUUGUGGGAGUGUUAUUACAAAGAGAGGAUUUUCAAAUUUGAUUAAGAUUUUGAGAGAAGAACAAGUCCUAUCAAAAGAGUUAGCUUUGGCAAAAUAAAAUGUUGGAAAUCAUAUAAAACAAUGAUAG